AUUUAAAAACAAAUGACAUCCUCUAAGCUCGAGCUUAGAGCAGUAGUAAUUCCAUUUUAAAAACUAGCAAGAAAUGUAACGACGAAUAGUGUUUACUGUCUACGAAUUUAACCCAAUCUCCUCGGUAACCUCGCGCUUCGUCUUCUUCUUCCUCUGUCUCAGAUGCCGAGGCAAAAAGAACCGAGUAGAGUUCGGCAUUUUAUACAUUCAUUUUAAGAUAGUCCAUUUGGGGUAUACCAGGCAACGGUCCUUUCCUUGUAGCUCGCCGCAUCGUCUGCUCACUGUCAUUCACUCUCCGCUUCUGUUAAUAAGAACUAAAAUGGAACAGCAUAUGGAUCCUCACACAGGGAGAAAUGCUAAGAUUCACAUUACCAGUUCUAUCCGGAGUUCCUUGGAUAUCAUGAAGAGCGAACCAAAUGAUGUUGAGGGUACUUCCCCUGUGGUUUGUGAGUCCGCUCUUCAAAAUCCCAAAAACACUAAUUCUGGAGGAGAACAAGUUGAUACUUGUACAGAGGAUGACGAGCAUGAAAAUGUUCAAAACCAGUUGGUGCUGUAUGAUCCUUCUGUUAAUGGAGAACCUGUUACUGAUCAGCCAGUUUCUCCAAGUUUACGAAAGGUGUUAUUUCCUAAUCACUCAUCCUAUGCACAGAGGGUUUUGCCAUCGGUAGGAGCUUUCACUGUUCAAUGCGCAAACUGUUUUAAAUGGAGGCUUAUCCCAACCAAGGAAAAAUAUGAGGAGAUAAGGGAACACAUACUGGAAGAUCCUUUCUUUUGUGAAACAGCCCGCGAGUGGAGGCCUGAGAUAUCAUGUGAUGAUCCGCCUGAUCUUACUCAGGAUGACAGUAGGCUUUGGGCGAUUGAUAAACCAAAUAUUUCACAGCCUCCUCCUGGCUGGGAAAGGCUUUUGAGAAUUAGGGGUGAAGGUGGCUACAAGUUUGCGGAUGUGUAUUACGUUGCGCCAUCAGGAAAGAGAUUACGUUCCAUGGUCGAAAUUCAAAAGUAUUUGGAUGAACACCCAGUGUACGUAGCUGAGGGUGUUAAAAUGUCUCAAUUUUCAUUUCUGAUUCCAAAACCCCUACAGAAAGACUAUGUGAAAAAACGUACGCAUCACUCAACACCUUCACUUGAGGACACCACUCCUCAGAUAGCAGGAUUACUAGAGUCUUCUGAAGUUAAAUCAAUCACAUGGGUGGGUUCAGAUGAGGAGGAUACAGACUUGCGGCUGGGUGGACCGCUGCUCUCUAAUGCCCCUGACCCCUCUGAACCUUUGAGUUUAUCAUCAUCGUCAAUGAAGAAGAAGAAGAAGAAAAGGAAAAUACCUUCUGAAUUCAUGCCUGUUAGUUUUGACUAUUAGUAAUUUGAUCACAAGAGUUUCCGCUUCUCGAGCAGUGGCACCUCAAGCCUUCUCGAAAUGAAAUCCCCUUUUUGUUUUGCUUCCUCUGGAUUCAAUAUGCUAUUGAAGUAUUGAACAUCUUGGUACCACGUGUGACUGAUUGAUCCUUUCAUUGUGUUUUUUGGUGUGGGAAGGUGGAAAGAAUGUUGCCAUUGUACGGAGCAGUAGGUUGAAUUAGGGGUAUCUAGUAGACAUGUAGUGUUAUUAGAUAAUUAGAAUGAUGAAGCUCCCAUCUAUGUGAAGAUAUGUACAAAUUAAUCAUCAUCAUUACCUUAACUUCUUGAUGUGCAAAAAGAAUAGUACGUGUGUUUUUCUUCCCAAUCCGUGUUAGAUGCCUACCCUUUCUAUUACAAGCUCUUACCUCAGUUAGCUGUAAAAAUGGUCUCAUCUCUAUUUCGUUUUGUUACU